UCAUGCAGCCUAUGAUCAUUGCCCUUUUUGUCCAGGCGGCUGGCUUGCUGCUGGGCCGCACUGGCGUCGUGCUCCUCGUGGCCAGUGUCCUCCUCGCCUUGUUCGUGCCCCUCAUCGAACUUGCCGUGCUGUACGUUCGUUACCGGCGGCCGCCUGUGAACGAGCAGCCGGAAACCGAGGAACACGCGGCGUCCCGAAUCAAGUGGAGCCUCUGCUUCUGGGUGCUCCUCGCGUUCUUGACCUUCAUGGUCCUUGGCGCCCUCCUAACCAAGGCUCACGCGUCCAUGACGUUGGAUAGUGCCCAGAAGCAGGGGCGAUACUUAGCCCACAACAUUCCGGACGUCUCCCACAGAUUCACGAACGCGGCUGGCUUGCUGCAGGGCUGCACUGGCGUCGCGCUCCUCGUGGCCAGUGUCCACCUGGCCCUGCUCGUGCCCCUCGUCGGACUUGCCGUGCUGUACGUUCGUUACCGGCGGCCGUCUUUGAACGAGCAGCCGGAAACCGAGGAACAGGCGGCGUCCCGAAUCAAGUGGAGCCUCUGCUUCUGGGUGCUCCUCGCGUUCUUGGCCUUCAUGGUCCUUGGCGCACUCCUAACCAAGGCUCACGCGUCCGUGGCGUUGGACAGUGCCCAGAAGCAGGGGCGAUACUUAGUCCACACCAUUCCGGACGUCUUCCACAGACCCAUGAACGUGAGUGUGCUCUGA